CCAACCAUCCUUCACACCAAACUCCUAAGAUGAAGAUUAUUCACAUACUUUUCCUUUUCACUCUUCUCUCAUUCACAACAACCUAUGCUUCUGUAAAUGAUUUCUGUGUAGCAAAUUUGAACGCUCCAGACACCCCUACAGGCUAUCACUGCAAACCCCUUGCAAACAUAACAUCAGACGAUUUCGUCUUUCACGGCUUCAUCGCCGGAGACACCAAAAACUCCUUCAAUGCGGCACUUUCUUCGGCAUUCGUCACCGAUUUUCCAGGUCUUAACGGACUUGGAAUAUCGGCUGCGCGACUAGACAUAGCCGAAGGUGGAUCGAUUCCAGCGCAUACUCACCCCGGUGCUACCGAGUUAUUAAUAAUGGUUCAAGGUGAAAUAACUGCUGGAUUUUUUACAACUAGUGCUGUUUAUUCGAAGGCGUUGAAACCGGGUGAUCUUAUGGUUUUUCCACAAGGGAUGUUGCAUUUUCAAGUUAAUUCUGGUAAAGGACAGGCUACUGCUUUUCUUGCCUUUAGUAGUGCAAACCCUGGUGCUCAGUUACUUGAUCUUCUUUUGUUUUCGAAUAAUUUGUCUUCUGAAAUAGUGGCACAAACUACUUUCCUUGAUCUUGCACAAGUUAAGAAGCUUAAGGCUCGUUUUGGAGGGAGAGGGUAGGAAAAUGAUGAUCAAAUGUUGAUUAUGAUCAUAUUUACAUCUCUUUGUUAUGUUUGUUUCAAUAACCCUGUGGGGAAUUUGUUUGUGUGUGUACAUGUUUAUAUAAUAAUAUUAUGUUCAUGUUAUUCCAAAUGUUGAUGUUGAUAUAUUUGGUUACAUGAUUUAUCAAAAA